UACCCCAAAGUAUUCCGGAGUAGUAACUAUACAGAAAAGAGCUCGAGAAGUGCAGGGGCAAAAACUAGGGCAGGAAAGAGGUUGGGAAGGCAGAAAGCAAUCAAAAAGGACAUAUAAGGGGCGGGAUUGCAAGAAUGGGCAUAAAUUCAGCAUUUUAUGCCUUAUCCUUAGCAAUCAAAAGGGUUAUGGAAGGCAGGAUUGCACAUCUGGGUCACCAAUUCGGCACUUC